AUGGUGAAUUUCUUUUGGCAAGAUCAUGAGAACUUUGUUGAUGAUGGUAUUCAAAUAGAACUUUUCAAUCUAAACAAAGAAAGAGAAGAAGAAUACUUUGAUGCAGAUGAAAACUUUGUUGAAUAUGCCAAGGAUAAUGAAAUCAAGGAUGCGUGGCUUGAUAAUGUUGAAGCUGAUAUAAAAUAUACAAGAAAAACAUCUACAAAAACAAACAAUGAAGAUAAUAAUGAAGUUAGGACACAGUAUCUUUCCUCCAAACACAUUGGGAUUAUGAAAAGGCGUAUUGCUGAUGUGCUUGAGCUUGGAGAAACGGUACUAUUACAUGAUGAUAGAUAUUUUGUCUAA